CCACUAUCGGCUUUUAUUUUGACAACUCGCGCCGGACUUCCGAUCCGUCGCUUGCGGGUAACGUAACCGGCUGGUGAUGACAGUUGUGGCUGCGAGUGCGACGCACAGGUCAAAGCCUCGAAUAUGACUUUCCUAUUGAGUUUGUGCGCUUCGGUCGUAAACGUGUUAUGUCUGCCUCUCCACGUGAUCCACGCGCUCGGCCUCUAUAACAUAUACAAACGCCUCUUCCCGUUUUGCAUGAACCGCCUUUCUAAAGGCUACAACAAGAAAAUGCACGACAAAAAGAAGGAACUGUUUCGCCACCUGUCUGAGUUCAAGUCUGGUGGGCGACUCACGAUUUUGGAGGUCGGCUGUGGCACAGGCACGAAUUUCGAGUUCUACCCUCCCGGCAGCAAAGUGAUCUGCACCGACCCGAACCCUCACUUCCAGAAGUACCUGAAGAGAUGCAUGGAGGAGAACGAGCAGCUGACGUAUGAGAGGUUCGUGGUGGCGUCGGGGGAGGACCUGGGCUCCGUGGAGGAUGAGUCCGUGGACGCUGUGGUCUGCACCCUGGUGCUGUGCUCUGUCACCAGCAUCCCUCAGACUCUGAGAGAGGCCCAGCGGGUGCUGCGUCCAGGUGGGGGCUUCUUUUUCUUAGAGCACGUUUCUGCGGACCCCUCCACAUGGGCCCACUCCUUCCAGCACGUGUUGCAGCCUCUGUGGUACUACUUCGGUGACGGAUGCGAGCUCACGCGGCAGACGUGGCGACACGUGGAGGCGGCCGGCUUCUCCGAGCUCAAGCUGAGGCACAUUGAAGCGCCGUUCAUGUUCAUGAUCAGGCCACAUAUUAUGGGUCACGGUGUAAAAUAGCUGCUGCGGGGUGGGCCUUGAAGUUUCCCCAGACACCAAGUCACUGUCCUGUCCGACAUAUAGUCACCAGCAGUAGAAUCAGCACUACUUGAUAAUUAUUUGUUUGUGAUUCACCACUAAUUGUGUUUGUGGCUUCACUGAACAAAGGAUCAUAAAUCAAUAACUGCGUGUAUGAGCCUGCUGUGAUUUCUGUCUUGAUACGUGAUUUACGUGUAGUAAUAACAGAUUUACCUGCUGAUUUGCUGAUUUCAACCAGUGUUUGAACAUGCCAGUCACUACAGUACACGUCUGUUAUAAAAUCACCAGUCAACAUUAACUGUACUUUCGUAAUGAAAAUGUCUUGCUGUCUAGCUUCCCUUUUACCUGAUGUUGCCGCUUUGUUUUAAUUGAAAAUUUAAAAAAUAAUAAAUAAAAUGUUAACUUUUUAA